AUGGAGCCAGAAACCUCCUACCCACAGGAUAAUAAGAAAGGUAGAGUAAAUAGUACUAAAAUGGCUGAUAAGUGGAUAUUGCGCAGGAUAAAUUAUGUUGAAUUCAUUCUUAGUGUAUUAUUUGUCCUUAUGCAAGUUGCAUGACUUAUAUACAGUAUCUACAUAAUAUGUGGGAAAAUAUCCUUAUCUAGGCGUCAUGGAUGAAGUUACUGGAACUCCUUUACUAGAAAUGAAAAGUUUGAACGGAGAGAUGUCCAUCAAUAAUCCUAACUUAAAGUCUAAAAAAAGUAUGGUCAUAAGUCCAUUAAUAAGGUAAGUUUUGAAUCGUAAUGUUGAACAAUGUCAUUAUUGUCAUAUAGCUUUCUUAUUACUACAAAUUCAGUAACUUACUUAUUUGCGCAAAUAAAAAUAUUUCGUCUAAUACGUCUGUGUAUGGAUCCGGUAACAAGACGGAUCAUUCAAAUGGGGUCAAAGUGUUUCAUAAUUUAAAUGGGGUCAAAGUGUUUCAUUGAUUUUUAUGUCAACUCCAGGGCUGUCCGACGUGGUCUUCGUAUGACAGAGAAAUAUCUGAACGAACAGAAAGAUGUUGAGAAACUGAAAAUCACCGACACAGAUAUAACUGGAAGAAAUAUCUUUCAUCUCAGUGUUCAGCGAGAGGAAUUGCUUGAGUUUGUGUUGGAGACGUUUGAAAAGGUUUGAUUUUGAACUCACACCAGAUCAGACGAAUUCGAAACGUACGCAUCUUGACCCGGUUGCGUUUGUUCAUACGAGAAUUCGCACGGUUAAAGCUGUAGCCGAAUUCGCGUCGUUCCACGUGUACUGUGUAAAGAGAGGCUUAAAGGCUGAUUUCCACUGUUGCGUUUUUCAUACGUACGUAUACGCACGUAAAACUUUAAAUCCGUUUAAAUGUUACUUAAUGAAAUAACCAAAUAAAUAAAGCAACAGACUUUAGUGUUCCGCAAGUUUUAGUAUGCAUUUAUUAACUUAUUUGUAAAAUAUUUAAAAAAUAGAAGGAUUCAAAGUUUUACGUGCGUGUACGUGCGUACGAAAAACGCAACAGUGGAAAUCAGCCUUUAGGCACCGGCCUUUGCGUGGGCCGCGUGGAUUAAUUUGAGUGCCGCCCCGCGUGCGCUUAAUGACGUAAACAAACCAAAGCGCCUGGGCACAGAUGAUGGCCUGGGUAGAUCAUCACGACGUAGAUACGGGAUAGCUUUCCGUAGCGACGUGAAAAAACACCUAUCCGUACCUUUUAUAUAGGAACGCUGUUUUUACAGGAAUUAUUGCAACGGAGAGAUGUUAUUUCGCUCAGCUUCUGAAACUUGUACAUUCCGUAUCGGUUAGGUGCUUUUUCGCGCCGCUAUGGAAGGCUAUCUGGUGUAGUGUAAACCUAGCUUUAGUUUAGUGAAUUAUUUUCGCGUUAUUUUGACAUAAGAAUCUUCGUUUUAUAGCAUGAUCACCUGAUUCAAGCGCUCCACAGUGAAGACGUGAAUGGAUAUACUCCUGCUCAUAUUGCUGUCUUACAUAAUGAAAGAAAGGUAGCAAAGUAUUGACGUCUUUCAUAGCUCAGGAAACAUGGCUGGGAAACAACAUGGCUGGGAAACAAUGUUUCCUGGUUUAUCCGCCUUCUGGAAACAUGGUUCCUGGUUUGCUAUGCAGGAUUUAAUGCCACCUUAACUGAUCCAAUUUUUAGAGCAUACACAUGUUGGCUGGAGUGGACAAGAACAUCUACACUAUUCGCAGUACAAAGACUGGGCAGACAUUAAUCCAUUGCGCAGUGGAGUCGUGUAAUUCUUACAUUGUACAAGAUAUCUUGGAAGCAAGACCUGAUGCUUUGUAUGACAAAGAUAACGAUGGAAAACCUCCACAGCAUUACGCUGCCGCGUUAGAGGAGUGCUUCUUAUUGGAAUUCCUUCUCUCGCAGGGAGCUGAUAUUUUUGAGACGUGAGUAUUUAUAAUAUAAACUCGAACGGUCUGAAAAAUACAAGUAAAACUUCGACAUUUCAAGCGAAGGCCCUUCAAUCUCAAUUUAGUAAGUCGGUAAACUUCUGCAAGAUCACUAGUAGCGAACUAACUUCCUUGGCCUGGAAGUAAUCAAACUGUUGGAAACUGGCUUUUGCAUGGCCGGAACCCGGAUGAUAGACUACUAGAAAGAUUACUACAAAAAUAGCGUUGAGAUAAUGAAAAUAGAUUAACUACAGCCUUGAUCACUCGCUUCUCUCUAGUGACAAGAAUGAUUCCACACCACUCCACAUGGCGGCAGACGCCGACUCGUUAUCAAAUGUCAAACUGCUGGUUCUGGACGAGGAAGAUCUCUUGAGAACGGAGGAUAAUGAAGGAAGAACGGGUCUACACAUUGCUUGCAUGAAUGGCUGCAGAAAUAUUGUGUCCUUUCUUCUUAAGAAUGGCGCAGACCCGCUGGUGAAGAUGGAAGGUGGACUGAAUUGUUUGGAGGUGGCUGUGAUGAACAAACAGGAUGACGUAGUUGAGGAGUUGUUGCUUAGCGACCAUUGGAAGGACGUGAGUGGAAUGUACAGUUUUCUUCUUUCCGAUAUCACCAUCAUUACCAACAUCUUCAACCACUACCACCAACACCACCAUUAUCAUCACCAUCAUCAUCACCACCAUCAUCAUCAUCAUCACCACCAUCAUCAUCAUCACCACCAUCAUCAUCAUCACCACCACCAUCAUCAUCACCACCAUCAUCAUCAUCACCAUCAUCAUCACCACCACCAUCAUCAUCACCAUCAUCAUCACCACCACCAUCAUCAUCAUCAUCAUCAUCACCACCACCAUCACCACCACCAUCAUCACCACCAUCAUCAUCACCACCACCAUCACCAUCACCACCACCAUCAUCACCACCAUCAUCAUCACCACCACCAUCACCACCACCAUCAUCAUCACCACCAUCAUCACCACCACCACCAUCAUCAUCACCACCACCAUCAUCACCAUCAUCAUCAUCAUCACCACCACCAUCAUCACCACCAUCACCAUCAUCACCACCUUCAUCAUCACCACAAACUUCACAAUCACCUUUACCAUCAUCAUCACCAUCAUCAUCACCAUCAUCACUACUACCACCAUUACAAUCACCAGUAUCGCCACCAUCAUUAUGACCACUACCGUCUCCAUUAUCAUUAUUACACUACCUUACCACCAUAAUCAUCAACACCAUCUUAAAUUACAGUAAACCCUGCGCACUAAUUUAUUUCCCACUUCAGCUGAUCACUGAAUGGAAGGGAGGACCAAAGAAAUGUUUUGCAUACCUGGUAAACAAGAUGCCAGACAAUGCCAAGAUAUUGUUAGAUCGCUGUGUCGUCAAGAGCGACGAUAAACCUCAAUCGCUUGACUAUCAAAUAACAUACGAUUUUUUUUUGCUGGAGCCAACAGGUGUGUUUUUUGCUAAGACAAAAAGUCCCUAAUAAGUGGCCUCCAAGGCGAACAGAAAUUAAGAACUGUUGGAGCUAUCCAAGUUUUACUUGAGUUGAUAUUGAAAAUAGUAAUUUUUAAUUUGCUUUGAUUUUUAAAGGUUCCAAACCACCCAUGUUUGAUGGCCUCCAAGCGAUCAUUGAUAACAACGAUGAACAAUGUUUGACUCACAAACUCUGCAAGAAAUAUUUCAGCGUUAAAUGGCGAGAAAAAGGAUGUUAUUUAUAUCUGACAAAUCUUUUUAUCUAUCUUUGUUUUCAUGUUUUGUUUAAUGUUUAUGUUGCGUUGGUUCGUGGUGCAAUCGCACGUCGGAAGCUAGAUGCAGAGAGUAAGUCGUUGGGUCCAUUGGAGUAUGUUUUGUUUUGUAUUUAACAAUUAUUGAAUUUAGUUUUCCCACGAUAUGAAGAAUUAUGAAGAACUUCGGCUUUUAAGACUGAGUUGGAUAACACAAACUGAGGGCUUGAUAAUUAUUUAUAUCAUGCGAAAGCCAAAUUCAGUAAUUUUAUUAUCUAUUUAAAAGAUGAAAUGAUUAAUUUGUUUCACUUUCAAUAAAUAACUAUUUAAUUUAAUGUCUUUUAUGAAAAUAUUUCUCUGAAAAAGAUCCAGGCUUAUGGAUCGAAUACUUUGUUAAAUAAAUCUCAGUGUUUUCCAAAAAACAAAACUGUUGUCGUUUAACUUUCCAGACACAGCACCCAGUAAUGUUACCAUGGUAACAAGCUCAAACUACGUCAAACCUGCCGCAAGACCUGACGAGGCCGGACCUAUCGUUGCAACAGCCGUCAUCGUCACUGUAACAUUGUUCAAUAUUCUGAAAGAAUUCUUGCAGGUAUGACAAGUUAUUGAUACUUUUAAUUUUUUUCUCUGGCAGCUCACCAGUAGCAUCAUCUAGCAUUGGACAGAUGUCAUCUUUAUUACCACUAUCAUACCAUCAUAAUCUCCACCAUCAUCAUCACCCUUACCGCCAUCAUCACCACCGUCAUUAUCACCACCACUAUCACCAUCAUCAUCAUCACCAUCAUCAUCACCAUCAUCACCACCAUCAUCACCACCACUAUCACCAUCAUCACCAUCAUCACCACCACUAUCACCACCAUCACCAUCAUCACCAUCAUCACCACCACUAUCACCACCAUCACCAUCAUCACCAUCAUCGUCAUCACCAUCAUAUCAUCACCACCACCAUCAUCAUUAAAUCAUCAUCACCAUCAUCACCAUUAUCAUUAUCAUCAUCAUUAAUUCAUCAUCAUUACCAUCAUUAAUUCAUCAUCAUCUUCUUCUUCAUCAUCAUUAAUUCAUCAUCAUCAUCACCAUCAUUAAUUCAUCAUCAUCAUUAAUUCAUCAUUAUCAUCAUCACCAUCAUUAAUUCAUCAUCAUCACCGUUUUUAAUUAAAUAUUUUAAAUAGUUUAGCGUGAAGAUUCUCUAACUUCAUUCCAGAUGCAUACCCAACGUUGGAGAUAUUUCAAACAAUUUUCAAAUCUAUUCGAGUGGACGUUGUAUGUUUGUGUGCUGUACUUUAUGUUUCCAGUGAGGAAAACAAAAACUGAACGCCAGUUUGGGGCAGCUUCCCUAGCCGUCUGUAUAUCCUGGUUUAAUCUCAUCUGGUUCUUGAGACGAAUUCCUGAUAUUGGCACUUACAUUUUGACUUUGCAGAAAGUUUUUAAGACGCUGGUUAAGGUAAAUGGGGUAGCUAAUAACUAAAUAAAACUCUAUCAGUUCUAAGCUGUUCUCUCUACCAAUAUCACCAUGAUCAAGUAGUUUUCUGCUUGCCUGAUGUGGAUAUCACUUAAAGAACAUCACCCAAAUUUUACGAUAUACACAUUUAACAAUCUCACAACUUGUCAACAAAAUGUGUUCACAACAGACUUGUAGCAAGCUUGUCAACAAGUUGUAACAACGCUAUUAUUUUAUCAAGUUGCUACAAGAUUGUCACUCACAACUUAUUGACAAAUUAUUGAAUUGCAAAUUAUUGAUUUACGUGGUGUUUCCACGAACAAAACUAUUAUAUGUUUUAUCGCCAUGCAAACAUACAAAGAACUUAAUAACAAGUUGUGAGAACAACUUGUAAAAAGUCUGUUGAUCUCGACAACCUUGUAGCAAGUUGUCAACAAACUGGGAAUAUAAUAGUUUUGUUUGUGGAAACAGCACGUACAUUUAUUACUGCAAAGCUUUCGAUCCGUAAGCCCGGAUCUUCAUCAGUGCUAAUAAUAUGAUAACUAAAAUAAAGUGCUAAUAAUAUUAUUAGUAUUAAUAAUAUGAUUUAUCGCCAUGCAAACAUACAAAGAACUUAAACUGGGAAUACUAUAGAAAAUCCAUAGUUUAACAAUAGAUCCUUUUCAUUUUCAGAUGCUUUUGCUCAUCGUGUUAUUCUGUAUGGCAUUUGCAUCAACGUUUUAUCUCCUGUUUGCGGAGCAAAGGAGAUUUGAAAACUACCCGAUUUCAGUUCUAAGUACAUUCGUAUCAAUGUUGGGCGAUUUCAGCUACGAUGAUUUGUUCGUCGAAGUUGGUUAUUAUAAAGAUUUUUAUAAUUUUAAAAUUGUUAUGUUUAUCGUGUUUGUUCUACUUAUGGUGGUCGUUGUGAACAACGUCUUGAUUGGCUUGGCUGUGGGCGACACGGAAUAUGUCAUCAGUAUGGCUAAAGUGCAAAGAUUGAGACAACAUGUAAGUUGGGAAAUUGACCUGACUUCAUUUAUACUGGAUAGCCCCAUAAGCUGUAUUGCCUUCUCUUACAGUAGUAAGUGUUACUGAAGGAUAAAACAUAAACUAAAUUAACUUUAUUUAUACUGGGCACCUCUUAUUAUUAUAAACUGUUCUCCCUGGGCGUCCACAAGGAGGAAACCUUAGCUAAACUAAUAUUAUUAGAGUUCUAGUACACACGUAAAAACAGCAGACUUGUAGCAAUGCUGUUUCAACAACUUGUCAACAGGAUAUGUUCAGACUGCUUGUUCCAAGCUUGUUGACAAGUUGUCAAUGGCUUGUUCACAACUUGCUACAAGCUUAUUGAGCUCAACAGAUUUGUUACAAGUUGUUCUAACAACUUGUUAUCUUCCUGCAAUUCAACAAUUUGUCAACAAGUUGUGAGUGACAACCUUGUAGCAACUUGAUAAGAUAACAGAAUUGUUACAACUUGUUGACAAGCUUGCUGCAAGCAUGUUGCGAACACAUCUUGUUGUGGCCUUAAUUGGACAAACAGUACCAAUUUUCCUCUUCACCUAACACCUCUAAAAGAGCAUUUCAAGGCGGCAAUAUAAUUAUCUAUAAAUCUAAUUUAAAAUAUAAAUGCUGUCUUGUAGAUGAAAUUUAUAAUGGAAGUUGAAUCAUCACUGUUUAGUAAACUACCAUGCUUCAAAAGAGAGAAAGGCACGACGCACACAGAGCACCCUAACCACAAGAAAUCGUGGGCGGACAAUCUCAACCGACUUUUGGCUGGUGAAAUGAACACGUUUUAUAACGAAGAUGAUGAAGGUGAUGAUGAAGGUGGCGAUGAUGUUCUGACACAGGAGAAAAUUGAGGAGAUGGUGCAAACGAGGCUGGAGAAUUAUCAUAAGAAAAUGAUGCAAGAGUUGAAAGAUUUUCAUUCGGACAUGGUGGAGAAAUUGGGGGAGAUGGUCAAUUGA